AUGUCUAGGCCAAAAAGAAUCAAGCAGAUGGUAAAGUUGGGUAAAGACGGACAUGUACCUCAACCUUUUUCUCAUAACAUCCAGACAGAAUUGACAGCAAUGAAUAAUCCUAUAAAAUUGAAACGUAAGACUAUUAUUUUCUUCCUUUUUAAUUUUCCUACAAAUGACUCAGUUCUCAGAAAAGUCUGUGUUUUAGCUGAAAUUGAAGGUCAAAGUGGAACUCAGAAAAGGAAUCUGUCGUCAGAUAUGGAAGAAGAAUAUAUCAAAACAACUGAAAAAUUCUGGAAAAGAAUACAUUUCCCACACCGGAAAAAAAUUGCAAGUAAACUAAUAAUACCGCCAUGCGACUGUAGAUUACAAUGUAGGAACAAGUUUUCAGAGGAUCAAAGAAAGGAGAUAUUUAAAAGUUAUUGGAAUUUGGCAUCUCUUCAAAGACAGAGAAAUUUUUUAUGCACGUGUAUAGAACUUAUAAAUAUUUCAUGUCGUCGUAUAAAGAACCUAGACAAACCUAGAACACCUAAUUGCUCAUUUUCAUUAUUAAAUAACGGUCAAUGUUUUAAAGUAUGCAAAAAAUUUUUGUUAAACACUCUCGGGAUUACUGAGAGAACACUAAGAACUGUAAUCGAGACCAGAAAUUAUAAUGCUGGCAAUGCCCCUAAAGAUAACAGAGGUAAACAUGGGAAUCAUAAAAAAACAGAUCCAGAACUUGUACAAUCUGUUAAAGACCAUAUUAAUUCAGUGCCACGGAUUGAAUCGCAUUAUUUAAGAGCUAACACGUCUAGAGAAUUUAUAGAUGGUGGUCUAACAAUUGCUGAAUUACAUCGUAAUUACAAGACACAACGUUCUUCUCUACAAAAAGAAGCAAAAGAUCAGUGCGAUCUGUGUGAAGCUUUCAAAAAUGCCGUAGGUGAAGACAAAGACAAGUUGCUCCUAGAAUAUGAGUUACAUCAAAGAGAAAAACAAUUAAGUCGUAAUGAAAAAUCCAAAGAUAUAGAGACCUGUAACGAAGCCAACAGUAAUACCCUAGUUGCUAUUUAUGAUUUGCAGGCAGUAAUGCCAGUACCAAUAGGUGAAUCGUCUGCUUUCUACUACAAGUCAAAACUCAACUGCUUAAAUUUUACUAUAUCUGAUUUAAAGAAUAAAACAACUGAUUGUUAUUUUUGGCAUGAGGGAUUGGGCAAUCGUGGUGCAAUUGAAAUAGGUUCAUGUGUUUUUAAAUUUUUAGAAAAGAUUGCCCUUGAAAGUCCCAACAUAAAUAUUAUAUUCUAUUCUGAUAAUUGCUGUGGUCAGCAAAAGAAUAGG